GAGGGAUAAACCCCGAAGCUUGAAACUGCAUUUAGCUUUAGCAUUUAGCAAAUGCUUGAAGAAAGACAAUAGGUGGGUUUUGAAGUGUGCGUACAAAAGCCUCUUCUUUCUGCAAUUUCAUUGAAACAAAUGUUUGAUCUCACUUGUUCUAACAUUCCCUUGUGUUUAAGUAAAACUCACAAAGUAGGCACGACAAUGGCAUCGGGGGAGCAAAAAGCACCAUCCCAAACCCAAAGGUUGCAAAUUUAUCCCAAUACAAAUUCUGGGGUCACCCCUUUCUGGAGAGAAAAGUACGAAAGAGAGGCCAAGAGGUAUUGGGAUGUUUUCUACAAGCGCCACAAGGACAGAUUUUUCAAAGAUCGGCACUACUUGGACAAGGAAUGGGGCGAGUACUUUUCUGGAGGAGGGAGAAAAGUGAUUUUGGAGGUUGGCUGUGGAGCUGGAAAUACCAUCUUUCCCGUGAUCGCGUCAUAUCCAGAUGCUUUUGUUUAUGCAUGUGAUUUCUCACCACGAGCUAUUGAGUUGGUUAAGACACAUGAAGACUUCAAGGAAUCCCAUGUUAGUGCUUUUGUCUCUGAUUUGACAGCUGAUGAUCUGUGCAAAGAGAUUCUUCCAUCUUCAGUUGAUAUUGUUACAAUGAUAUUUAUGUUGUCUGCAGUGUCCCCAGAAAAGAUGCCUCUAGUUUUGCAAAAUGUUAGAAAAGUUAUCAAGCCAAAUGGAUAUGUGUUGUUCCGAGACUAUGCUACUGGAGACCUUGCUCAGGAAAGGUUCUCUGGCAAGGAUCAAAAGAUUAGUGAUAACUUUUAUGUUAGAGGUGAUGGCACUCGUGCUUACUAUUUUUCGAAUGAGUUCUUGACAAAUUUAUUCAAAGAAAAUGGUUUUGAUGUUCACAAGCUUCAUGUAUACUGCAAACAAGUUGAGAACCGCUCAAGGGAGUUGAUAAUGAAUCGGCGUUGGGUCCAAGCUGUAUUUCGUGUAUCAGAUAGCUCCGAUUCUUCUUCCAGUAAAGAAGCUGAGGCCAACGAUCUUAAUAGUGAUAAAGUUGAUAAGGAAAUCAAGCAAAAUAAUUUGAAUGGUAGUUUAAAUGACUCUGCAGUUGACUUGUCUGAGGGUGUGGCAGUUGACAUGUUCGGAGUCUUACCUUCCAGUGAGUAUGAUAUUAUUGACAUCAAUCUUAGAGGCUGGGAUUUCAAGAUUAGUUUACUUUCAAAAGAGUACCAACACACUUGCAAGUCAACAGGUUUGAUGCUGUGGGAAUCGGCUCGGUUGAUGGCUUCAGUUCUCGCAGAAAAUCCCAACAUUGUUGCAGGAAAAAGGGUCCUCGAGUUGGGGUGCGGCAGUGGGGGAAUCUGCUCGAUGAUUGCUGCUAGAUAUGCUGAUCUAGUAGUUGCAACAGAUGGAGAUGGUUUUGCUCUUGAUCUCCUGGCCAAAAAUGUUGCAUCCAACAUUGAGCCAUCAUUACUGACUAAACUAACCACAAAAAAGCUGGAGUGGGGAAACAAGGACCACAUAGAAAGCAUAAAGGAAGUAGUGAGCGAUAAAGGCUUUGAUGUCAUCAUGGGCACAGAUGUGACCUAUAUUCCUGAAGCUAUAUUGCCUUUGUUUGCAACUGCCAAAGAACUGAUUGCUCCAACUGGAAGCAGUGAAGAUGAUAAUGUUCCUGCACUUGUUCUCUGCCACAUCUUUCGCAGAGUAGACGAACCAACCUUGCUUUCUGCUGCAGCCGAUUUUGGGUUUAGAUUAGUGGACAAGUGGCCUGCUGGAACUUCAACUGAUUUGUCUCAGAGCAUUAUUGGCAAUUGGUUUGUUGACAAUGGUUUAAAGGAUGAUCUUCCAAGUACAGCAUUAAACAUCUUGCUCUUCUGCAAGGAGUGAUAUUAAGUUUAGCAUUCUUGCUCAAAAUAAGUUGGUUUCUUGAUUCUUCUCUUCAUUACAAUUAAAAGUGAGAAGUGAAAUGUAAUUUCUUAGUUGAUUCAUUUAAGUACUAGACAAACCGCUUAGGCUCACUUGUAUAAGUUUUUGAUGGGGACUUGUGGUCGAGAUUUCUGUUUUAUUUUAUUUAUUAAUGAAUUUUGUUGUUUAGCUCCCCAACUUGGGGGCCUUAUUAGACAUGGACUCAUGGUGGUUAUGCACUCUGCAUCACUUGCUUGGAAAUGCAAAAGGACCACCUUUUGUUUAGUAAGUAUGAUUGUCAAUUGAGGAGGGGUAACAACACUUUUUCUAUGGUUC